AUGACUGAUGAGAGCGCAUGGAGUGCUUUCGUUGUUGUGAAACGCUCAAGCUUCAAGAUGAAAGUAGAGGCCCUCCUGUGUGCAUGGUCCCUCCAGCUGCUUGAGUUCAGUGAGGUGGUUUCGGAUGAGGCCCUUAAGCAGAGCAUCGCCGAGAUACUCAACGAGUUGGGCGAUGCGGUUUUUGCCGACGGAGCUUGGCGGCCGGAGAAGAUCCUCUUGCAGGACGGGUCCCUUGUUGAUGCCACGGCGUUUAUGGGGCGCCAUCUGGUGCCGCGCAGGGUUUCGGGGAAGGGCCCCGCAGGCCAGUCCGGAGCUCAAAGGGCGCCUGGCCCCUUGGCCGCUCCUCCAGAGGGACACCUGUGGCUCAGUGCAGAGAGCGGUCCUAACGUUAACGUUGGAGAUGAGGUAGACAUCUUGGGCCUCGGAGGAGUUCGCAUGGACGAUUCCAACGCUGCCUUCUUUCUCGGUGGCCGGUGGUAUAGGGCUGAGCUCGUCAAGGCUCUCGAUGUGGAUCAAUACCUGAAAGAGCGACUUGUUUGGGACCCUCCCGCCGAGGAUGCCAGGACAUUGGCCGUUGACUUCGAUGAGCACGGUGAGAGGUUCAAAGGAUGGAGACAAGUUGUUGCCGAGUCUCGUGAGUACAGCUACCAUGACUGGCCUUGGGAGGGCCCCAUGACUGUGCUCCACACCUUGAAGCAGACGUUGAAGCAAGGGGGAAACCCCAAGCAAUGGCUGCUACUUUGGUCCCGCGCCAAAGGCGUUCAGGAGCAAGACAGGGUGAUGCACGAGCUACGUACUAUCACCGAGGCCCUGUAUCAGGCUGGCGUUUAUGAUCAGCUCAACAUGGCCUGUCUCUCAUGCUUUGAGGUGCUGUGUCGUCGUUUGGCCAGCAUAGUAGACGCCUAUGCGGCGGGCGGAGCUAGUGCUCCCGACUGGGGCGCUGCCCGGUACAUCACGAACAUCCGUGGGCCUGAAGAUAUCGUCGCUCCACAGCUUCGGGCAUGGGCAGCAAAGCGCGGGAAGGAGGAAGUGGAACUAGCGAAUGCACGAGCCAAGAUCAAGGACCAUCGACGGCUCCUACCACCUGAUCAUGAGGAGGCGGACUCGAGUCAGACUACCUCUGAUGCGGGCGCCAAGGCAGCUCCCAAGAUGAGGGGGCGGGGCCGAGGUGGCAAUGUUCCGCCUGCUGGUGCGGCGCCGACUCCACAUCAGGAGGAGGUUUUUCUGCACAUUGAGAAUCUGGCCCGGGAUGUCGCAAAGCCACGAGAUGUGGGAGAUGUCCAGGGCCCCGAGGCAGCCUUGACAGCGCUGCUCAAGGGCAGGGGGGAGUACCAUGCUCCCACCGAGCCUGUAUCCUUGGCGCCGUUCAACCUCGAGCGCGUUUCCCUUCCAGAAAGUUUGUCAGGGGUUCUUCCUGCUGCCGAGCUUCUUCCGGAGGGCGCCCGUCGAUAUUUGGACAGGCCAGAGCUUAUGCUGAAGGAGGACCCGCCCACGGAGUCCUUCACUCCUUACUGGGAUCCUUGUCUCCUACAUAGCAAGCGUGAUUAUGUUGCCUUCAUUCGAAAGCUUAUGAGCAUUGAUUUUCUUUUGUUCACAGCGCAACCAAAAGAGCACAUCGGGAUCUUUUUCGUUCACAAGAGUGACGGCAAGCGCAUCAGACUGAUCGUGGAUGCACGGGCAGCCAAUAGACAUUUUCUUCCCCCUCCGGGGGUUGACCUCUGCACGGCGGAGGGUUUCUCCCGUAUUGAGGUGAUUUUGCCAGAGGCUUGCCGACAUCAACCUUCAGUUCUACGCCAGACUUUGCAGGGCCGGGGACUCCACUUCGGUUUGAGUGAUGUAAAAGAUGCCUUUCACCGUCUUCGUCAACCCUUCUGGCUUGCCCAGUACUUCUGCAUGAGGCCUCUCGAGGCUCACUACCUUGGACUCACUGGGGCUACUGUGGAAGGCAGGGUUCUGCGUUCCCAAGACAAGGUGUAUCCUAUCCCGGGGAGCCUGUGUAUGGGAUUCACUUGGUCUUUGUAUUUCUGCCAAGUCAUCAAUGAGGCCGUCGCUGGAACGGUGCCCCGUCUAGUCUCCUCCGAAUGCAUCCGUGAUCGUGGGGCUGCCGUCAGUUUUGACUUCAGGGACCUGGGACAGAAAGACGCCAAUUCAGAGGUGCGGCACUAUGUGUAUGUCGAUAACCUUGGAGUGGUUUCCCCUCAUGAGGCUGUCGUCCGCGGGGCUUUGGAAGAACUGGAUCUGGAGUUCACCUCUCGGGGUUUGCUACUCCAUCCAGGUGAGGUCAAUAGUGAAGUUACGGCGUUGGGCAUUGAGCUGGAUGGCUCCGCCCUCUGCGCCAGGAUUUCUUCGAAAAGAUUCCACAAAGUCCGGCAGGCCAUCAAGGGCUUGCUUCGUAGACGGAAAGUUUCCGGAAGGGUCCUGGAGGUGAUCGUUGGCCACGCCACGUUCUGCUCUUUGCUCUGCCGUCCUCUGCUGAGCGUCUUCAAUGCCGUGUAUAAGUAUAUCCAGAGCUGCUACUUCAAUCCGUCUUACCUGUGGGAUAAUGUCCGGCAGGAGCUCAUCACCUUCGCCGGGGCCAUGAUCUUUCUUCGGGCGGAUUGGUGGCGGUCUUGGAGUCCUUAUGUUACGAUGACAGAUGCCAGCAAAGGGGGCUAUGGCGUGUGUUGCUCCACCUGGCCCGAAAAGGUGGUCUCCGAUGUUGGGCGUGUUGGAGAGCGCUCCCGCUUCAGGUGGGAUGCAGACUCUCAAGCCUGGUUGGUUCAUGAGGACUCGCCGGAACUGGAGCACGAUUGGCAGAUAGCAGGUGGGACUUUGAUGAGGGGUCUCGCACGAGAUGCUUGGACAAGGGAGAAAGUUCGGCUCCCAGCAGCGGAGGAAAAGACAGUUGGAGGUUCCGAAGUCGGAGGUCCACCCAAGCAAGAGAAAGAACACUGUCCCUCUGGAUCCAGUGAGCUCCUCAAAGAAACAGCCCUCCACAAGACAACGGACGAGCAGUUCAAGCACAAGCCGAAGUCCUCCCAGAUCGUCUCCGGCUUGAUGGACUCCAAAGAGGGGCUUACGCCCGCGACGCACCUGGAGCAGCAAGCCGUGAACUCACAGACCCAGCAGAGCUACGUGAGGGAGCUCAAACGCUUCACGAAGUUCGCGGCGAAGAACAAGCUGGACACGUCCCUGAAAAACCCCAUUGAUCAUGCCUUGGUUCAGCACAUGAAUGUCAUGUACAGCCAGGCCUACCAGAGUUACCACGGAGACCGGCUCAUGGCCAGCGUCAUGCAUCGUCAUCCUUCGUGCGGCCGGUUAGGGGGCACCAAGCUCCCCAGAGCCUGGAGGGCCCUCAAGGGCUGGAGGAAGCUGUGUCCCGGACGCACGAGGGAUGCUUACCCUCUGGCCGUCUGGGCUGCUGUGGCAGCGCUCCUAGUGCACUGGGGGCUUCUGUCGAUGGCGGUUUUUGUGAUGGUGGCAGUGUCUUCCUACGCCAGGCCCAGCGAGCUCCUCAACUGCCGGAAAGAGUCGCUCGUCCGUCCUGCUUCGCAAGUGACAAACCACUGGAGCUUGCUACUGGCGCCGGAAGCCGAAGGCAAGACUUCCAAGACAGGGCUCUUCGACGUGAGUGUAAUCCUCGACAGUCCGUUCCUGGCAACUUGGUCCAGCAAGGUCUUUGCCGAGCUCAAAAAGGGGAUGCCAAGUCAUCCACUCUGGAACUUCACGUACGUGGAGUACGCCCGAGCAAUCAGCACAGCUGCUGGUCGUCUGGGUGUCGCUUUGACGCCCUACCACACUCGGCACAGCGGGCCGUCAAUCGAUCGGAGCCGCAACUACCGCUCCCAGUUGGAGGUCCAGCGCAGAGGCCAGUGGAAAAGCACAAAAAGCGUACACAGGUACGAGAAGAGUGCCAAGCUAGCACAAACGUGGAACCGAAUUCCGGUCACCAAGCGCCUCUUCAUGCAGCUCUGCGAAGAUUCGCUUACGGGCAUCCUGGGCGGCACGGCUCGUAUCCCCGACAUCGCCGAGGCAUGUCGACAGCUAGGUUUUCAUGCAAAGGAAUGGGAUAUAAAGUUUGGACGAGUUGGUGCCGUGAUGAUGGCCCCAGUCUGCACCAGCUUCUCCGUGGCGCGCGAUCGAGCCAAGGUCAUCCGCAACCAGGAUGCGUCGAUCAGUCCCCACACCCGGCGCCUCUUGAAGAAGGUCCGCGAGCAGACGACAAAGCAGAAGCAGAAGAGCUUGCAGAUUCACCAAUCCGAGGGCUUGUGGAAGAGGACAGAACAUGUCUGCAAGAAGUUGAUCAAGAAGGACUGGUUCGAGUGCAUGAUCUCUUUCGUUAUCGUCGCCAACUCGGCAAUCAUCGGCGUCGACAGCCACAUGUCUCUUCCGAGCACGGGAGAGACGGCCAAGGGGCCCGGGCUGCCUUGGGCUGCCGAGGCGGAGAUCUUCUUCCUAGUCUUCUACUCCGUGGAGUUGGCUAUCCGCGCCAUUGCCCUUCAGUCCAAGUGCCUCCGUGAUGGCUGGUUCAUCUUCGAUGCUAUCCUGGUGACGAGCGCCUACAUUGAGCAGCUCUUAUCCUUCAGCAACGUGCAAUCCGAGCAGCAGAUAAUGAUUCUCCGGCUGCUGCGCUUGAUUCGCUUGGUCCGAACCUUCCGGAUGAUUCGGCAGAUUAAGUCAAUCUGGCGGUUGCUGUACGGCCUCCUCACUUGUGGAGAACUGCUCAUCUCAACCCUGGCCUUGCUCGGGAUGGUGAUCUACGUUUUUGCUGUUCUGGGGCUAGAGACGAUCGCCUCCAAUCAAGAGAUGCGGGAGGAUGACAACAUCCAGCGCCUCCUGGAUGAGCGCUUCAGCUCCCUUGGCGUGACGAUGAUGACCCUGACACAGUUCGUGACGUUGGACUCGCUGUCAAGCCUUUACCUUCCACUCAUCAAGAAGAACGCGUGGCUGAUGUUCUACUUCGCAGGCUUGAUCAUUAUCGUCUCAAUUGCCUUGAUGAAUUUGGUGACGGCGGUUCUCGUGGAGGGCGCGUUGGAACAUGCACGGCAGGACCGGGAAUUGGAAGCGAAGGUUGGCAUGGUCACAGCCAAGCAGAUGCUGCCUGGAAUUCUUUCCCUCUUCGAUGCGGUGGACCAAGAUGGCAGCGGCGAGAUUGUGAUCGAGGAGAUGGAGAAGUUUGAGCAGAGUGGCCUCCACACUGUACCCCCGCACUUCCUAGACAGGGCUUCAGUGGAGAGCAUGACCGAGCUUUUUGAUAUGCUGGAUGUGGACAAGUCCGGGCGCAUCAACAAAGACGAGUUCACCGAGGGGAUAUUGGACAUCUUCCUCCGUGAAGUGCCGCUCUCAUCACUGCAGAUGAUGAA